GACCUCCCGCAGGGGGUGCUGCAGCACGUGGCGGACCUCGGCUCCACCUUCAUGGGCCGCGUGCAGCUCCAGAGAGCGUGCUCGGCCACCAGGCUGGUGGAGUGGCGGUGGGCCCCGCCCCUGUCCCUGUCGGAGGACUUCAGCGGCCUUGGCUUGGGGGACGUGGGCGCCUGCGCGGUGGCCGAGGCGCUGAUGCGCGAGGGGAGCGAUGCCGUGGUCCGGCUCCACGUCGGCAACAAUGCCAUCGGCGACCGUGGGGCGGCCGCACUGGCCAGUGCGCUUGCCAGGAGCCCCGCGUCUGUGCGGCGCGUGUACCUGGAGGAGAACGAGAUCGGUCUGUCCGGGGCCAGGGCCAUUUUGGGAGCGGCCGCAUUUCAUGGAAUGCUCCAGGAGGUCGACCUGCGCGGCAACCGUUUGAGGGCCGCUGACAAGGAGGAGCUUAGGCGCUCGUACAAGUGGAGGCGGGUUCUGCUCGACUGGGAUUUACCCUCGCCCACGUACAUGUCCGACACUCAGCCAAACAUCGACGCCAGCAUGCGCUGCGUCCUCUUCGACUGGCUGAUAGACGUCUUUACCAAUGCUUUCCACACUCCAGCGCAGGACGGAUCUUUCGACGCGUCGGAGAUGUUCCAGACGUUCAGCCUCGUGGACAGGUACCUGAGCCGGCGGGCGGUGACGAGGGCGCAGCUCCAGUUGGUCGGAGCCGCUUGCGCCUUCGUGUCGGUGAGGCACGGCGAUCUCACAGGCGAUCGCGAGCCGCAGGCGCUCGAGAGCGUCAGACGGCUGGUCAGGGUGAGCGCCAGUGCGUUCACUGGCGAAGACCUUCUGAGGACCGCGGGGGACAUCAGGGCGGUGCUCGAGCACGACCUGGAUCACGUGCCGAUGCCACGGUGGCGGACAUGCUCCUAA